CUCUUCUAGUAAAGACGCAUAAUAACUUGUGACUGCUAUCCACGACACAGAGGGCAUUUAACACAGCCGCCUUAAGCAUGAAUGCCGGACUGUGUGUAGAUACUGAGCUGUUUAUUUGGUGCUGUGUGAACUGAAGUAGAAGGCUUUGUUUUGAAUUGUCUUGCUACCUAUUUGUAAAGUCGAGAGGAUGAAGACCGAUGAUCUGAGAAGGAAAACUGCUCCUACACACAUGCUGUUUUGCGACUGCAGCUUGUUACACUGAAGAUGGGCACAGGAGAGGACAGGUGGCCGAGCCCAGGUGGCUGAGCUGGCACCGUGCUCAGGAAGAAUGCAUUUGUCUCCGGUCGGCACAAACAGGCGCUGCUUCCUGGCCUCUUCGGCCCUCUGUGCCAUCGUGCUUCUGCUGAUCCCGACUCUCCAAACGCCGCAGCAGCAGGGCGAGCUUCCCCGACCUUUGCCCCACAACAGGCCUGCCAGAGGAGACAACACCACAGGCUACAAAGGUGCUAGUAACGCUAAGCACAGCAGAGUCAUUGGGCUACCCUUUCCUCGUGACAAAUCCCAAAGGGACUCAAUUGGUGCUGAAAUCCUUAGCUCACAGUCCAAGGAGCCUCUGAGACUGAAAGACAUUUUCAUUGCGGUCAAAACCACCAGGAAGUAUCACAAAUCACGUCUGGAGCUGCUUUUUCAGACCUGGGUGUCACAAGCCAAGGAGCAGACAUUCAUCUUCACUGAUGGUGAGGAUAAGGAGCUGAAGCAGAAAGCAGGCAACGUCAUCAACACCAACUGCUCAGCCGCUCACACACGACAGGCGCUGUGCUGCAAGAUGUCUGUAGAGUAUGACAAGUUCAUCGAGUCGCAGAAAAGAUGGUUCUGUCACGUGGAUGACGAUAAUUAUGUUAUCCUUCCGAGUCUGCUGCAGCUGCUCUCAUCCUAUUCCCAUACACAGGAUGUGUACCUGGGCCGGCCCAGUCUCGAUCACCCUAUAGAGGCUCCUGAGAGGGUCAGGAGCGAUGGAUCGACGUCUGUCAGGUUCUGGUUUGCUACUGGAGGUGCUGGCUUCUGUGUCAGUCGAGGCUUGGCACUCAAGAUGAGUCCAUGGGCAAGUCUGGGGAACUUCAUCACUACAGCAGAGAAGAUCCGUCUCCCGGAUGACUGCACGAUCGGUUACAUUAUCGAGGCGCUGCUGGAGGUUCCUCUGAUACACACCAACCUCUUCCACUCGCAUCUGGAGAACCUGCAGAGGAUGCCUGCUGCAGACGUCCUCAAACAGGUCACCCUCAGCUAUGGUGGUUUUGAGAACAGGAGGAACGUCAUACCUAUUGCUGGAGCCUUCUCCUUGACUGAGGACCCUUCACGGUUUAAGACCGUUCACUGCUUACUUUAUCCUGAUACUGAAUGGUGUCUCCGCAACGGUCAUCGCUGACCUCAACGCAUCCUUCUGGAGACAAAGCAAAUAUCUCCUUAGUCUCAAUCCCAAAAAGGCUUCUCUCGUGCAUUAAUAUAACUCACUAGCAGGCUGAUUACCAUGUCAAUUUGGCACUGCUGCGUUUUGUACAGACUUCAUUGAAAAGUUUGUUGUACUUUUUUUUUAUUAUUAUUUUUAAAUAGAUUAUCAGGGUAAUUUAUUUUGAUAUCCCAAAGUCUGAGAAAUAGCAAAAGAUUCUAAAUGUUUUUAUUAUUAUUAUUAUUAUUAUUUCCCCCCCCAACUUAUUGGGGAUCAUUUAGGGUUUUAUGGAUCUUGUGUUACUUUUUUAUUUUUUUUCGGCCCUCAAGUCAGCUCAAAGCUUUAAAAUGCUAAACGGAGCUUUAGUUGUAAGCAUUUCCUGCAGGAGAAAAUAAUCUCUUCGGAGAGUCAGGUUUCACCUUCAAACAGAACCCUUGAAUAAAAAUAGAAGUCGUGAGGACAUACAUUUGAAUAAGGGUUCACUGCAUUACAGUUGCAGUUUAGGCAUGAAUUCGGCUCCUUGGAAGCCUUGAAUUUAGGGUUAAGGGUAUCUAAAGUAGGUUUUAGUGUGGUGAUCUGUGAACAUGGAUGAAUGGAGGCCCUUGCUUGCAAGGUGACGUCAAAGUAUGGAUUCAUAUGCAUCAGCUGAUUAAGGACAAAACUGUUGUUGUUUAUUAUUAUUAUUAUUAUUAUUAUUAUUUUUUUUUUUUUUUUUAAUAGAAAUAUUCCCAACUCCUACUGAGCAUUAUAAUUAUGCUUAAUUAAAAGAUGCCUUAACACCAACUCAUUUAAAAAAAAACUGCCAAAAUAUUCGAUUUUUAAUUUUUUAAGAUUUAAAAUCAUAUUAUGAUGUCUCUGCUCAUUGAUGCACAAGCAUGGAUUUUUCCACUGCAGGUCAGUGAUUCAUGUGAAUGUGCCAAAAAAAAAAAAAAAAGAAGACUUUCCUGGUUAUACAUGACAAAAAAAACGCUAUUGACCUGUGAACAAAAGAGGAUUAAGCAAUGCCAAGCUGCUACCAAAUACUGUUGCUAUUUGACUAUAUCCUGUCCUUCUUUUCUCAUGCAAAUAAACCAUGUUGUUGAUUUAUUUUUA